AUGAAUGAACGAGAUUCAAAUCGACAUCAGCGCUUUCGUGAAUAUUUUACAAUAGUCCAAGCUGUUGUUACUGUUUGCAACGAUUUUACAGAGGAACAAUUAAAGAAUUAUGUCAAUCCAGAAGUAAUAAAACAUAUAUCACAGCAUAAUGCUUUUUUACUGGAAAGCGAUCCGACACCAGAGAACCAUCGUCUUGUAGAGCAACUUUUGGAAAAGGUACUGAUAUACAAAUAUGGGAAAAUUGCACAAUUCACUACAGUAGAGGAUAUGGUAUUUUUUCUAACGAAAUUUAAACUUCCUGCCAAUAUUCAUGAGAAAAUGGAGAAAUCUCUAGUAGCUAAAUUCAAAUUUGCAAAAAAUUCAGAUGGAUUUAUUAUAAACGAUGUAUCUAUUGAAAUGUCUUCUUCAGACUCUGAUAAUAAUGAUGAACCACCUGCAGUACGACCUGUUAAGUCCCGAAUUGCAAAAAGAGCAAAGAAAGCAGUUAAAAUACCAGCUCUAUCACAACGUGUAAAGGCCAGAAUCGCCAAAAGGACAGAGAAAACGGUUAAAAUACCUUCAGGUUUACCGCAUUCGAAGAGAAAUCGUCAUCGUCAGCCUCAUCUUGCAAUUGUGGAUAGACAAGGGUUGAUGAACUAUAUGUUAGAUACAACAAGAGAUGAUGGGCCUUCAACUAAAAAGAAAAGACAGUCAAAUAGGAAUAAUAACGGACCCAGAACAUAG